AUGUCUAAUACGGACGAUUGUCUUUCACAGCAGGAAGAUGAGAAAAAGAAUAAAAAGAAGCAGUCGCCAGUGGACGAUCGACCUACCGUCCCUUCGCCGAGCGAGGCGAUGCUUAAUAAUGGAAAUCAUUUUAUUCAUAUUUACUUCAAAUGUUUCAUAAAUAAUGAAAGUGACUUCCUUAUUCGCACGAACACUAAUCUAAAAGACAAUGACUUUUAUAAAACAGAGACGGCGUUCGGUCUUCUGGAUAGAGACAGCGAUGGUCACGUGACACCAGCUGAACUUCAGUUUAUGCUGCGUAACCUUGGCAUAGAAGUCAGCGACGAACUAAUAGCUGAUUUGAUCAAGGACGCUAGCAGAACUGGCAAUGGUCUGAUAGAUGAGAAUGAAUUUAUGCAGUGGGUGACGAAGAUACAAGCGUUACAAGGAAUGGAUGUUAGUACGAGUGGAGGUGACUCAGAAGAAGAAAUCACCAGAGAUUUACUAGCAGCAUUCAAGGUAUUCGAUCGUGAUGAUAACGGCUAUAUAACACGCGAUGAGCUCCGUUCAGCGUUGGAAAUGAUUGGAGAGCCGGUCACUGACGCUCAGCUGAACCAAGUGUUAGCAUUGGGAGACAUAGAUCACGACGGACGAAUCGACUAUGAAGGUAAACAAUAA